AUGUCCUCGGAGCCAGAAGCACCCGAGCUCGACCCCGUCCUAAGAGUACACUCAAACAAAGACCUCCGCAUAACCCUCAUUGGCGCCGGAACAAUCGGCCUCUCAUUUGCCGCAUACCACCUCACCCACCUCCUCAGCCCCUCCCAACUAACAAUCUACGACACACGACCAGACCUCGACCAACACAUUGACCAAAACCUGAGCGAGCUCUUCGCCGAUUCCCCGGCAAAAGCAGCAAUAGACAACAUUCGCGUCGCGACCUCGCUCGCCGACGCUGUCUCUGAAGCGCACAUCAUCCAAGAAUCCGGACCGGAGAACCUCGCUUUCAAGCGACAGCUUUGGGCGCAAGUAGAGCAGCAUGCGCCGGAGCACUGUUUGCUAUGGAGUAGUACGUCUGGGAUUCCGGCGUCGGCGCAGGUACAGGAUAUGAAGGAUAAGUCGAGGUUGUUGGUGGUGCAUCCGUAUAAUCCGCCGCAUGUAAUGCCGUUGCUGGAACUAGUUGCGUCGCCGCAGACGUCCGAAGACGUUGUUAAGAGGACGCAGCAGUUUUGGGUGGAUCGGGGGAGAGUCCCGGUGCAUAUUAAGAAAGAGACGACGGGGUUUGUUGCGAAUAGAUUGGCGUUUGCGCUGCUACGUGAAGCUGUGCAUUUAGUGAAUGAGAAUGUGGUUUCGGUCGAGGAGCUGGAUAGUAUUGUGGAGAGUAGUAUGGGUCCGCGGUGGGCGGUUGCGGGGCCUUUCAAGAGUUAUCAUGCUGGAGGUGGGCCGGCGGGGUUAGAGGGUUUCUUUAAGAAUAUUGGGGGAACGGUGCAAGCUUGCUGGGACGAUUCAGGGAAGCCGAAUGUUGGUGAUGGGUGGGAGGAGAAGAUCUUCAGGCAAACACAGGAGGUUUACGGUCAAGUCGAUGUUAGCGAGCGAGACAGAAUAACAAGAAGGGUGUUAGAAGUGCUGAAAGAAGAGAAGAAUCGAAGCGUUUGA